UCGAGGCCACGCCCUUGAGUCUCGAGUAACGGCGCGAGGGGCCUGAGAGCUGUACCCCGCGGGACACUAACAAGCUGUGAUGGCCACCAACUGGGAGAGCCUCUUGCAGGAUGAGCAGCAGCUGGAGGAGCUGACCCGGCAGGCGGUGGACCGGGCCCUGGCUGAAGGAGUGCUGCUGAGGACCUCACAGGAGCCCAGCUCCUCAGAUGUGGUGAGCUAUGCCCCAUUCACACUCUUCCCCUCACUGGUUCCCAGUGCCCUGCUGGAGCAGGCCUAUGCUGUGCAGAUGGACUUCAACCUCCUGGUGGAUGCUGUCAGCCAGAAUGCUGCUUUCCUGGAGCAGACUCUCUCCAGCACUAUCAAAAGAGAUGACUUUACUGCUCGUCUGUUUGACAUCCACAAGCAAGUCCUGAAAGAGGGUGUUGCCCAGACUGUGUUCCUGGGCCUGAACCGCUCAGACUACAUGUUCCAGCAUGGCACAGAUGGCUCUCCAGCCCUGAAACAGAUUGAAAUCAACACCAUCUCUGCCAGCUUUGGGGGCCUGGCCUCCCGGACCCCAGCUGUGCACCGACAUGUUCUCAAUGUCCUGAAUAAGACCAAAGAAGCUGCCAAGAUCCUACCCAAUAAUCCCAGCAAGGGACUGGCCCUGGGGAUUGCCAAAGCCUGGGAACUCUACGGCUCAGCCAAUGCUUUGGUGCUACUGAUUGCUCAAGAAAAGGAAAGGAAUGUGUUUGACCAGCGUGCCAUAGAGAAUGAGCUCCUGGACAGGAACAUCCAUGUCAUCCGGCGAAGUUUUGAAGAUGUCUCUGAAAAGGGGUCUUUGGACCCAGACCAAAGGCUGUUUAUGGAUGGUCAGGAAGUCGCUGUGGUUUAUUUCCGCGAUGGCUACAUGCCAAGCCAAUACAGUCAAAAGAACUGGGAAGCACGCUUGCUGCUGGAGAGGUCCUGUGCUGUCAAGUGCCCGGACAUUGCCACCCAGCUGGCUGGGACCAAGAAGGUGCAGCAGGAGCUGAGCAGGGUGGGCAUGCUCGAGGUUUUGCUACCAGGCCAGCCCAAGGCUGUAGCCCGCCUCCGUGCCACUUUUGCUGGACUCUACUCACUGGACAUGGGUGAAGAAGGGGACCAGGCCAUCACUGAGGCCCUUGCUGCCCCUAGCCGGUUUGUGCUAAAGCCCCAGAGAGAGGGUGGAGGUAACAACCUGUAUGGGGAGGAGAUGGUACAGGCCUUGGAGAGGCUGAAGGACAGUGAGGAGAGAGCCUCCUACAUCCUCAUGGAGAAGAUUGAACCUGAGCCUUUUGGGAAUUGCUUGCUAAGGCCUGGCAGCCCUGCCCAAGUGGUCCAGUGCAUCUCAGAACUGGGCAUCUUUGGGGUCUACGUUAGGCAGGGAAAGACACUGGUGAUGAACAAGCACGUGGGACAUCUGCUUCGAACCAAAGCCAUUGAGCAUGCAGAUGGUGGUGUGGCAGCAGGAGUGGCAGUCCUAGACAACCCAUACCCUGCAUGAGGGCACAGCCAGACCAGCCCAGACUUCUCUCAAGAGACCUUCCAUCUGUCUCCUGUUCUCAUCACUCCUCUCUUAGCCCUCUUGAGAGGCUGCCUUCUCUGCACUGUGAGAAGGCUGGUCUCUUCCAGAGACCUCCAGAAUCUUUGCAGAAGGGUGAACGCUGAGUACCUUCCCCCAGCUAUCCAUCUGAGGCCCAGAAAAGCUAUGUUUCCCUUAGAUGAGCUCUAGAAGUCCCCAAAUCCCUGAGGUGUGGGUACAGCUGAAGGGAAGCUACUCUGAUGUAAGGAUCCAUAAAUCCUGCCACCCUCCUGUCAGUCCUCUGUCAGCCUUUUAGGCAAGUCCCCGUGCCUGACUGGGAUAGGGCUGAGGGGUAGGAGGAAGGUGUGUUAAGGGAUAUAGUCUUUCCUCAACUCUGCCUUAAAUAAAAGCACAUUGCUGGUUC